AUGCACAGCAUCAAAGCGUCAACGCUCAGCUUGUCGUUUCGUUUGUCCUUUCCAGCUCGCCGUACGGAGCGAAAAUAAUACAGUACGAGGAGGCAACAUUGAUAACAGACUGUUGUAAAUGUGACGAGAGAAAAGUUCAAUGUGCAGGUGAUUCAGGGACUUGUAUUUGAUGGACGGUGACUGCUCGUCGUUGCUGCCAGCGGUCUGCCUCGUUCUGGCCGACCCGAAGCAGACUCCACCGGAUGACACCUCUCUUGAGAAACUGUUGGACUGGUUCAAAGAUCUGCACAGCCAAAGUAACGGGCAGGUACUUUUAGAGCAUCAGCCGUGUCUCUUGGAGUUUAUUUCCAGUGUUUGUGCAUCUAAAGCCACAGAUCCUGCCAUCCUGUCUUUCACCCUCAAACUUACUGGACUUCUGGCUGCCAGCAAACAGGAUUUUCACUUGCUUGAGGAGGGAGGUCAUUUGGUGUGUGUGUUUGAGCGGGAAGCCUGGAGUGUGUGUGAUCUCUGGGAGGAUGCCUCCGUUCGCAGUGGCUGGAUACAGGGACUGCUGAAUAUGCUGAAACACCAGCAAGCCCUAGACUUUAUCUGUAGACAAGGACUCAUCAAAGUGAUCCUUCAGCUGCAGAACGACAGGAGUCUGUUUGUUGCCUGUUUAGCUAAUCAGCUAUUAGUGCAGAUCCUAAAGCUCCUCACCCCAUCAGACGUGACCAGCGGCAGUGAUGCUGUGGUAUCCAGUAAAUCCUCUUCGAGUCUUGAUUGGGUUUCAGUCUCCUCUGAGAUUACGAAUGCUGUGGUUGAGGCGUUGAGCUCAGAGAAUCAUCCGCAGGUCCUCCAGGGCGUGCAGCUGCUGUCACUGGUUCUCUCUCAGUGUGAAGAGCCUAUCAGAAGCUCUCUGUGGAAAGAUGUGCUCCCACCUCUGGAAGUCCUAAUCAACAGGGGCUCUGAACCACUGACUCAGCCCCUCAUGACUGUUUUACGUGCUGCCGUGAUGACUCCUCUGCUUGGCCAAUCAGAGUAUAAAGUGGAAGAAUUUUUGGAAGUCAUGCUGGGUACUGGAAACAGAAAGGAGGGCAUUCUUUGCGCAACACUAAUCGUAAAGCUGGAGAAAUGUCCUAAAGUUUUAAAGAGGAAGGCCAUGGAUAUUAUCUUACUUCCCUUGCAGUGUGUGUCAACACAGUCUCAAGAUGCAGAAAAGGAGGUGGAUUUAGUCCUGAAGGAACCGCUAUCCCAGAAAGCCUUGUGUAUUUCUCUCCUCGUGCAGAGUUUAUCAAGUCUAGCUGAGCUGGCACACAAAGAAUACUUUGAAGGCGUUUGCAUUCCCUCUGUCACCAGCCGUGUGGUGCAGCUUUUGAGGGUUUGCUCUGGCCAUUGCACCUCCUCUCUGCUUCAUGUGAGUGCCUGCACUCACCUGAUUGGCUCCUGCAAGAUACAGAGGUGUGGUCUGGAUACAUUAGGUGCUCUCAGCGUGUAUGAAGAUAAUUUGGACUUAAGAAAAGACAUAUUUGGUGUUUUGUUGGAUUAUCUAAAGAGUCCAGAUUCACACGCCACAGUUUUAAAGAAAACAUUUCAGGCAGUUUUGAGGUGGAUUGGUGUGUGUGCAUCUUUCCCUGAUCUCCUGCAGUUUAUCAGCAAUGACCUCUUUCCUGUUCUGGAGAAACGUAUGUGUGAUGUGCGGUGGGAAGUUCGAGAUUCAACACUGGAGUUCAUCACCCAGCUGACUGUGGCCCUCAGUGAUAACAGUGGUUUUGUUGAAGUUCUCUACACCAGUGGCCUGGUCUCCAUUCUCCUGUCUUUACUGUCAGACACUGAAGGCUAUGUCAGAGCGAGUGCCGUGACUGCUGUUGGAGAAGCAGUUACCUCUUCUGUCCAACAGAUGGCGCUAGUCAGCAAGAUCAACUUGCUGGAGGAGGCUUUGGCACAGAUGAUGAUCAUUCUCUCUCAGGACACAGAGGGCUUUCCUCGUAGAGCCGUGGUCAAAACCUUUACAUCAUGGCUGAAAGGGUCAAACCCCAUAACAGCCCUGGACUCUUCCCUGAGCUCGGUCCUGUCUCUCGGGGGCAACGAUUUUGACUGGGAAGUGAAAAUGCACACGCUGGAGCUCGCAGAAGCUUUGAUGGAGAAGAUGCUGACCUGCUGUCCGUAUGCAGUGCAGAGCUUUUCUUCAUCGGAAAGGACGCGUUUGACACAAUCCUUGAGCAAACUGAAAGAUCUCGGCCUGUUUGAUGUGCUGCUCAAUGGCUUGUUUGACUGCGACAGACCAGUGUGUGAGAAAUCCUGCCAACUCCUGCUCAAACUCAAAAGACUUAAUGCUGAAAAGGCUGAUUUUGAUCAUGACGCUCUUGUUUUGAAAGCAUGUGGGAACCGAUGGGGGGAUGAGGUGCAGAGUAGAUUCCUCAACAAACAACAGGUCAAAGCAUCUGAGCAUGUGCUGAUUGGAGGUGGCGAGGGAACAGAGAAAGAUCUGCACUGCAUCAAAGAGAUUCCCCUGUCUGUGAUAUUGCAGAUUCUGGAUCUAGAUGAUAUGCAGAGGAUGCUGAAGUUGAGUAGUGAUCAUGUUGUGAAUUCCCCCCGAUCGCUGAUGGAGGACAUUCUUUCAGCGGCUCAGCAAAGCGAGGAAAAUAUUGUAGAUUGCUAUUGAGAAAAAUUCUUCUAGCCUUGUACCUUUUAGUGUGGGAAGUUUAAUAAAGACAGUAUCAAGGUC